GUCAACACCAACGAACGGCUUGAUCAUAAAUUGCUUAACAAACGUGAUUUUGAUUCGUCAGGAAUUUACAAAACGUGUGUGUGCAGCAUCGUAUUCCCAUAAAUGUCUUACAUGAAAUAGUCUCUUCAAGGAACGCAGUAUAAUUUGGAACUUUUUCUUGUGACCGCCGUAAUCACAAAGCCGUCGCUGUCAUUCGGUGGAUGAGACGGAAGACGAAAGAGUGCGCAAGCGGAAAGAGAGUGCUGUUCAUUUGUGAUUGCCGUAGCGUUUUUCUUGUGUUUUGUGAUUAACUGUGUUCAGUUUUAGUGGAAAGAUAUCUGAAAUCCGUAGGCCAUGAUGCUUGGAGUAGUAGUGGGGUGUUUCUUGUUGCUGAUAACAGCCGAAAGUGGUUUAGGUCAAAAUGAUACAACUACAACAACUUCAACAACUCCCCCAACGUCAGGUGGUAGUAGUUCCGUUCCAACAACGACGUUGAGUCCGCAGGAAGACAUCAAGAAAAACUACCACAGUACCUGGAUUAGAGGCCUCUAAUCAAGAAACGGGAAAUGUUCCGGAUAUCGAGCGAGCCGGCAGUUUACAGGAGUUCCUUGUUGACCUCCACGGUCAGUAUGGCUCCAUCGCUUCCUUCUGGAUAGGACAGAAGCUGGUGGUCAGUGUAGCCAGCCCCAAACUCUUCAAGGAACAGCAGGCAGUCUUCGACAGGCCAGUGGAGCUAAUGAGAUUGUUUCGGCCCCUGUUUGGAUCAAGUAGUAUCCCCUUCACAAACAAGGCAGAUGGCCGAACACGACGGACCAAGUACGACAAAGUCUUUACAAGAAGCGCCUUCAAGAACAGCUAUGCCAUUUUCCACAAGGUUUCCGCAGACUUGUCCACCAAAUGGUCGACAAUGCCAGACGAGCAGCACAUCCCGCUAACUCAGCACAUGUUGGCACUCUCCUUCAAGAUCCUCAUGUGGACGCUGGUCGGAGACUACUUCAAAGACGACAAGAAACUUCUGGAAUUCAGGAAGAAUUUUGAUGUGUGCUGGUCCAUCACAGAGGAGUCUUUGCUUGCUGAGAGCUUCCCAGAAGAGGGCAGUCAACAGUUCAAGAGGUUCAGUCAAGCAAAAUCUGCCCUCCAUGACACUCUCAAGGAUGUCCUUCAGAAACAGAGGUCACGUCCCCGUGGCAACGACCUGAUGUUUGUUGACAUGGUAACUCUGGCGGGGAUCUCAGAGGACACACAAGUAGAAGAUCUGCUGACAUUUAUAGUUUGGGGAGUUCACAAGACGGCCUUCAUGCUCAGUUGGGCGCUCUACUUCCUGGCCACGCACCCAGACAUUCAGCAGAAGCUUGUGAAGGAAAUAUCAACAGCUUUGGGAGAGUCAGAAGUGAAUGAAAACAAUGUAGACAAGCUCAGAUACCUGCGGCAGGUGUUGGAUGAGACGCUCAGGUGCUCUGCACUUUCCCCUUGGUCAGCCAGGGUGCAGGAUUUUGAUACAGAGCUGGAAGGGCAUAAGAUUCCUAAAAAUACCCCAGUGAUCCAUGCCCUAGGGGUGGUGCUCCAGGGAGACACAUGGUGGGCAGAGCCUAACAAGUUUGACCCAGACCGCUUCAGUUCUGAGAACACUAAGUCCCGUCCUCUGUUGGCAUUUUCCCCAUUCGGGUUUGCCGGAAAGCGUACGUGCCCUGGUGCUCAGUUGGCUUACUUGGAGGCAACGUCUGUACUGGUGACCUUACUGCGUCAACACAAGGUCAAGAUGGUGGAGGGGCUAGUCAUCAAUCCUGUGUACGGAAUCGUCACUCACCCAGGGGACGAAAUCUGGAUCACGGUAGAGAAACGAAAGUGACUGUAAAGUAUCCCUGUCAUACUCAGCAUGACGUCUUUACUUACAUUCUAUUAUGGAUGAGUAAAAUGGGGUUCAAGGUCAAAAAGGAAGGUUCAAGGUCAAUUAAGGUUAGCAUUGAAGAAUUACCAAUGAAAGCCUAGUUACAAACACAUCAGUCAACAUCAAAAAUGUUGAAUGAAGAUGGUGGUAAAAUUGUUACAAGAAAUUGUUAACCAGGUCAGAUGUCAAAAGUCAGAUGUGUUCGGACAUUUGUUACCAAAAGAGUUCAUGAGGACAUGUGUUGGUUGUCUUGGUAAGACAUUGGUGAAGGAAUAAAGGUAAAGGGUUGCUAUCUCUGCUCUGUAAGUUGCUAUUUUUCACUGUCCCAGCACUCAAGGACCAUAGAACAGAAAUAUAAAUCCUUUACAGACUAAAGCGUUUUUGAAGACUAGACUUGAACAUCAGCAGAAUGGUUUUGUUAUCGGAGGAUUUUUUAUGUUUUAUUGGAGAGACUCUGUUAUGGCUGUAUGUUUUAAUUUUUAACAUUCACUGAUGGCUUUUGAACAUACAGUUGUAUAGAUAGAUGUUUUUUGUUUAAUUAAAGUGCAGUUCUCUUUCGAAAGAAGAAAACAGUUGUUGUAAAUGAUCAAGGAUGUUGAUGGUUUAUUAGCUCUGGGUGUUGGGGUGAAAGUGACAAUCUUACAAAGUGUAGCAAAUUCUGUUUUGUCUGUUAUAAGAUCUCAUCUCUGUGACUAUAAAUACACAAAGCCUGUCUUUAUCUGGCUGUUCUAUUGCAGGAUCGUGAAUAAUUUUCGUUUGCUUUCACAGAUGCAAAAUGGUGCUUUUUUAUGCUUGUUUUUAUAUUUAAUGAUAAAGAAAUCUGUUAAAUUUCACGUGUACAUUUACAUUACACAGAUAGAGUGAAUUUAAGUUUUGUUCAAAGUAAAAGAUCAUGUUUUGUUUUUUGUCUACUGAGAAUGGAUACAUAUGACACAAAAUUUGUUUCAAAGUAACACUAGGAUACAGUUCAUGUUUUACAAAAUCUUGCUUCUCUAUGUCGACUUCAUGAUGAUAGGAAUGAUAUUUAAGGUGCACUCAAAUCAGGGAAAACCUGAAAUAUCAGGGGAAUACCUGGAGUAUCAGCUAAAUCCUGGAAUAUCAGAGAAUACCUGGAAUAGUAGCUAAAUCCUGGAAUAUCAGAGAAUACCUAGAAUAUCAGCUAAAUCCUGGAAUAUCAGCUAAAUCCUGGAAUAUCAGAGAAUACCUGGAAUAUCAGCCAAAUCCUGGAAUAUCAGAAAAUACCUGGAAUAUGAGGGAAAAUCUAGAAGACAGUGAAUUUAAGAUUGUAAUGGUUUGAUCCUGGAAAAUCAGGGAAGUUUGAAGUCUGCUGUAGUAGCUAGUAGUGAUUCUUAAAAGUAAAAGGGCUCAAAAUUUCUUGAUCUAUGCUGAUAUAGAACAUAAAAUUCAAAUAUACCCAGUACAAGAAAUUUGUUGUGUGUUUUUAGUGAAGUUGUUUCAGAAAUGCCAAUGUAGUACUUGUGUAAAACGCACCAGCAUACAUUUGGAGAGAAUUUCUGAAAGUAGCUGAUCAUGGCAUUGAAUUUAAUCGAAAAACAUUCUGGAAUUUUAGUAAUAAUCGAAUGGAAAACCUUGGAAUUUUCAAACCUUGUGGCUGUAUGAGCCCUAGAUAUGUGGACAGAAGUGUAUCUGAUAACUUGCCAAUCUCUCUCUAAGGCCUAUCGUGAAUGUCAUGCUGUGGUUAGAGCCUGAUUUUGCUCACAUUUUGGGACCAAUCCUAUUUUAUAAAUUUCUGAUGUUGUUGGUCGAAACAUAUGUCUCUCUAGAAAUUGUAAAACACGGUUUUUGUUUUUACACACUCCUGAAAUUGUAAAACAUGAUGUUUUUUUUUUACACAUUUAUUUAUGUUCUCUGCUUUUCUUACGAGCGUUCACAGACAUGGACUGUUGAUGCUGUGUGCACCUGACGUAUUUACACGGAUAUAAAUAUACAUAUUUGCAUUAUGGUUCAUCUUGAUAAUCCGAUCAUAUUUUUUUUGGGCUCAUUACUAGUUUUGAACAGUAAUAUUAAUAUACUUAUUAUUUAUUCAUAAAUGUGCUUUUUGUUUUCAUUUUGGGGGGGGGGGGGAGGAAGGGAUUAACAA